CUCUACUCACGUCUGCGGACACACCCGCGGAACAAUUGCAAUCUCUUGAGCUGCCCCCUGAAGUGAUCACCUCUUUUUGACGUUUUGUACGGAAAACAAAUCGACAAUGGCGGCGCCACAUAAUAUUGAUGAACAGGGAGAAAUCGCCGUCGACCCCAAUCUCCAUGUCACCACUGUUUACGGCGAUGACUGGCAAUCGGAAACCACGUCGAUCGGGUCCUCGAUUUAUCGCGGUCUGGAAGAGAAUGGUCGACGAUAUCAAACAUUGAGCCAAAAAGAAUACCUCAUUCCGUCGGACGAGAGGCAGUUCGAGACUUACGAAGCUGGGCAUCUGGUUGCCCUUGUCAUGGAUUCGGACAGAGAAAACCCGCUCUUCCAUUCGCCUAUUGGAGACAACCCAAGGCAUAUCCUCGAUCUUGGAACAGGUCAGGGUAACUGGGCCAUAGAUGUUGCCGAUAUGUUUCCCAUGACCACGGUCCGCGGAGUCGACCUCUUCCCACCUCCAGUGACAUGGAUGCCACCGAACUGCAUCUUAGAGGUCGAUGAUAUCGCCGAAGACUGGACCUGGAACGAACAGCAAGACCUAAUCCACAUGCGCAUCAUGAUCGGCUCGUUCAACCCAACGGAAUGGGACCGCGUCUACAAGCAAUGCUACGACAACCUCCGCCCGGGCGGCUGGAUCGAGCAACUUGAAGCAAGCCCCUACGUCGAAUGUGACGACAAUAGCUUACCAGCUGACAACAUCCUACGUACCUGGGGUCCCACCCUAUCGGCAUGCGGCAAGCGCGCAGGCCGACCCCUUGAAACAAUCGAUAUGAUGCAAGACGCAUUCCGUAACGCGGGUUUCGUUGAGGUUCAUGAAAAAGAGUACAAGUGGCCCAUUGGCCCGUGGGCUCGUGAUCAGAAGUAUAAGGAGGCUGGUACCGUCAAUUAUCAGCAUUGGAUGUCUGGUAUGGAGGGCUGGGCUAUGUGGUUGCUUACGAAGUUUGGUGCUCCACACCCUUGGUCUCAUGAGGAAGUUAUUGUUUAUGUUGCUAAGCUGAGGGCCGAGCUGAAGAAUCCUCGCUAUCAUAUAUAUGAGCGCGCCCGUCGUGUUUGGGCGCGGAAGCCGUACCCUGGUGAAAUUUCGCAGGUUGUUGUCAAGACUGAGAGGGAGUGA